UGUGCCGUCACAAAGAGGCGCGGCCAUGCUGCCCCAAAGGUUUUCCAUAACUCCUCCUUUUAAAGAAGGGAGACUCAGUUUAGAUCACACCCCCUCUGCCGUGCCAUUCUCCCAGCCACCUCCUCCUCCUCCCCUUCCUCAUUCCUCAUAUACCUCUCGACUGCCUGUCUCUUCACUGCGAUGCAACAGUGGCAAAGGAAUAGCCCAAGCAUUACACAUUUUUAAGCCAGAGGUUUUGUCCUGCACAGUGCCAGAGCCCAUAAAGUCGCCCACACAGGUUCCACCACGGCACAAGUCAAAUGUGGAAGUACACAAAAGCAGCAUAAUCCCUGAUAUUGAGCUGCAAGUAAAAGACCCUUAUGACGAGCUGUUGUCCAUGGUUCUGGAUGGUUCUACCAGUAAAGACGAUGCUUACUUUUCAAGAUUGUCUUUGGUAGAUUCCCCACCAGCUACGCUAACCGAUGAAUCCCAGAGCAGGUUUACACUAAAAGUAGAAGAAUCCCAUCAGCCAGCAGUGAAACCCGCAGCAGUCACUCCAGCCAGCGACUCGGCAGGCAGCGUUCGGUUAGAGGUGCAGUUUCACAAGCCUAUGACAAUGGAGCCACUACCCAUCACUUGGGGAGGGCAUUCAAAAACUCUGAACGAGCAACCAGUCGAGCCUCAGAGACCGCCAUCGGUGACAGGAAGGGGAUAUACUGAGUUGUUCAUUGAGGAAGAGGAUGAAGCUAGAGAGGACAGAGAGGAGGACAUUAAAGGUUUAAAUGAGAGACUCAGUCCACAGGCUGAUGUCUCUCCUUCCACUUUGACACGGUUUCCUCCCCCCGGCCUCCCCUCACCCUCCACACCACCGCCUCUGACAUCCUUACCUCCCCCUUCCUCUUCUUCUACUUCUGCGUUCACUCCUUCUUUAUCUUCUACUUUCACUCCUUCUUCAACUUCUACUUCUUCCUAUGCUCCUUUAUCUUCUACUUCUUCUUUGACUCCUGUAUCUACUUCUACUUUCACGCCUUCUUUAUCUUCUACUUCAUUAUCUACUUCUUUCACUCCAUCUUCCACUUCUUCCUUUAAUUCUUCAUCUUCUACUUAUUUCACUCCUUCUCCAUCUUCUACUUCUUCUUUCACUCCUUUGUCUUCUUUCUCAAAGUCACAACAGCAGGAUCGUAACACCAUCCCUACCUCUCCCCCUAUCUCCCCUCGGCCCCCAUCCCUGCCUCGCCUCAUGACAUCACCGCUCCCUUCAGUCUCUCCCUCUCCGCCCGUCUCACCAGGUCCUUUUCACUCCUGUCAGCCCUCUUCAAACGUUCCCUCACAGCGCUCUGUCUGUCACCCCCCAAGCUCUCCCUGUCUGUCUCAUCUGGUCACGUCCUGCCCCAACUCAGAGUCGCCUAUUCCCCCUUCCGCCCUGACUCCCCCUAAACCCGCCUCUCCUCCCCUCGCCACUCCGCGCUCUCCCCCAACUGUACCCCAUCCAGGAUGUAGGUCUCCCAAGGUGAAGGAUCCAGUUGUUGGUGGUAAACCUCCUCGUAGCCCCAUCUUGUUCCGGAGAUCCUAUCUGUCCCCCAUUAGAGGGCGAAGGGUAGGGGGGCAUGUCUUCAUUCAACCAUGCUCAUAUUGUACACUUGUCUCUGCGCAGGAAGGAAAUCUUUAGAAAUAAGUAACCAUAUAAUUCAUGACCUAUACACUACCGGUCAAAAGUUUGGGGUCACUUACAAAUGUCCAUUCCAC